AUGGUCAAGGCUGUGAGCGUUCUCCGCGGUGACUCCAAGGUCUCCGGCACCGUCAUCUUCGAGCAGGAGUCCGAAUCUGCCCCUACCACCAUCACCUGGGACAUCACCGGUAACGAUCCCAACGCCAAACGAGGAUUUCACAUCCACACCUUCGGUGACAACACUAACGGAUGCACUUCCGCUGGCCCUCACUUCAACCCUCACAACAAGACCCAUGGUGCCCCCUCUGACGAGACCCGUCACGUUGGAGACCUCGGAAACCUGGAGACUGAUGGCCAGGGCAACGCCAAGGGCUCUGUCACCGACUCUCUUAUCAAGCUGAUUGGCCCUCACAGCAUUAUUGGUCGAACUGUCGUUAUCCACGCCGGCACUGACGACCUUGGCAAGGGUGAUAACGAGGAGUCUCUCAAGACUGGUAACGCUGGUCCCCGACCUGCUUGCGGUGUUAUCGGCAUCUCUAACUAA